AUGAAACGUAAAGAACAAAUACUUUUACCAGAUACAAUAAUUGAUGUCUAUGCUGUUUAUCCUGAAGCGUUUUAUUCAAACAUGAAAGUUUUAUUGAAAAUCUGUACAACUCUACCAAUGACAACAACUUAUUUACGUUCGACCAUUUCAGAAAUAAAACUUAUUGGAUUAACUGUGAUGUAUAUUUAUCGAGAUUUAGAUGCAAAUGUUGAUGGUGUGAUUGAUGAAUUUGGAAAAUCUAAUCGUUGA